UGCACAGAUUUUCAUAAACAGGUCAAAAAAGCGAGUAAGCCCAUGCGACGUCACUGUCAAAGUGUACUAUCCUACAAGGUAUCUGAUAUCCCAGCUUAGCUUACCAAAAAUGAUCCUCCCCAUUUUUGACUCUAAAGCAAGCGAUCAUGGAUCAGGUGCUUUCAUGUAAACAUCAUAUCUGUUCAGGAUAUAUACAUAUAUUUCUAGGUUAAUUUUCACACUACUAAAUACAUCCGCCAGCAGGUUUUGAUAGAGUCCUGAGAGUGACAGCAAUGGAGAAUUCAGGGAGGACGACAAUUGGAAAAACUGUAUUGUCCAUGGCAAUAACAGCAGUGACUGUUAUGAUGAUUGUGGAAUGUGCAGCUGCUGAGCAGCUAUAUAAGGUGGGCUCAAGAGGAUGGAUCCCAAAUUAUAAUUACACUGACUGGUUGAAUCAGAGUCAUGAGCAUUUCUACGUUGGUGAUUGGCUUCUUUUUGUGUUUGACAAGCACUCCUACAAUGUCCUGGAGGUCAACGAAACAAGCUAUGAGAACUGCAAUGACCAAGGCUUCAUAAAGAACAUUACUCGUGGCGGCCGGGAUGUGGUUCAACUGACAGAGGCAAGGCGUUAUUACUUCCUGAGCAGUGGAGGGUAUUGCUGGAAUGGAAUGAAAGUUGCUAUCAAUGUUGAAGAUUUUGCACCUACCCCAGCACCUGCAUCAAGUACUGAAAAUGGUUCUCCAUCAAAUAUAGUCAGCAGGCAGAUGAUUAUAUUGAUUGCAUUUUGUGUUGCUUUGGAAUGGAUGGUCCUUUUUCUUUAAGCAGUAGCAGUUGAGUGGCUGGGCCAUUGAAAGAAUAAUGCCGGGAUAUAGUAGCUAGAGUCAUGGGCAGAUGGACUUUGAAUUUCUUUCCCUUUUCCUUUUUUCUUUUACUUUGUCAGAUGGUUUACUUUCUUCUUUUUUUAUAGUCAUGUGGGUUUUCCUUUUAAAAGUAGUGAACAUCAGCGGUUAAUGUGAUGAAGUUCUACAAGUAAAAUGGAAGGGUUUGAUUGGAUA